AUGUCUUAUAGAUUUGUAGUUGUUGGUGCAGGUAUAUCAGGUUUGAGCAAUGCUUUUUUCAUUAAGUAAUUGUUUCCAAAAGCAAAAAUCACUUUGAUUGAAUCAUCCAAUAGAGUGGGAGGAAUGAUAACAACAACAAAAGAAAAUUAAUUUAUUUGUGAAGAGGGACCACGUUCAAUUAAAAGAGGAAAAUAUGAUAGACCUUUAUUUUACAUGAUCGAUAAAAUUGGGCUUUAUCCUGAACUUGUAACAAGUGUACAACAACCUUAUAGUUAUAUUUAUUGGGAAGGAGGAUUAAAGAGUAUCCCAUAACAAAAGAAUUUACAAACAAUUUCUAGAUUUAUCAAGGAAAAUAGAAAGGAUGAACUUCUGAAUUUAAUGAAAGCAGUUCCAAAAAUACUUUUUCCUAAUUAAAAAUCUGAUAAUUUGGGAGAAUAUUUUGAUGAAAUUGUGGGCAAAGAAUUAACAUAAAAGUAUGCUGAAACUGCUUUUUAUGGGUUAUAUGGAGAAUCUGUUUAUAAGUUAUCAAAGAAUAUGUGUUUGUCUAAAAUUUAUAUGAGUUCCUACGAUGAGGAUAUUUUAGCAAUGGAUUUAAUUUAUGAUGAUGAAUUCGAAUAAAUAAGAAUGAAGAAAUUAAUGAAAGCAAAUAGUUACAGAUUUGCUUAUGGAUUGGAUUCAUUGCCAAAACGAAUAUUAAGAUAUUUAAAAGAUAAUUCUAAAGAAUAAAAUUUAGAAAUUCAAUUGAAUACAAAAGGAAAGGAAAUAGAUGUUGAAUAAAGAUAAUUGGUUACAGAAAAUGAAAAUUAAGAAAUUAAGAGAAUUGAAUAUGAUUACUUAUUCUUAAAUAUACCUUCCUCAGAAAUAGUGUCUAUGUUGGAAAAUUCAACUUUAAAUGGAAUCAAGGAAGAUUUAAAGAAGAUAAAGAAUAAUUCUAUAAUAACAAGAAAUAUAUGUUGGGAUUAAAAGAUAUUACCACCAGAUUUUAGAGGGUUGGGAUAUUUAGUAAAUCCAAAUUAGAAUCAAAAUAUUUUAGGAAUGGUGGCAGAUUCUUUGCAAUUUCCAAAGCAAUAUCCCAAAAAGUCAACCAGUCUAACUGUGAUGACAAUAAAGGAUGUGAAAGAUGAUGAGGUACUGGCAGAAUUGAGUUCUCAUUUAGGAGUCAAAGUUUAGGAUCCAAAAAUGAUAAUGAAGAAACAUUGGAUGAAAAAUUUCAUUCAAUUCUAACCUGGAUAUUACGAGAAUCUGCAGAGGCUUGAGAAAGAACUAGAAAAUAUGAAGAUAAUUAUUGGUGGUAACCAUUAUACAAUGGUAAUACCAGAAUUAGUCUAUUUGGCGUAUAGUAAGAUGAAAUAAUUAUAUGUGUGA